UCUGAGCAAAUGGAAAUGCAAGUGAUGAUCGAGAAACUGAGAGCUGAUUGCGCCAACUCCGAUGUACAAAUUAAUUCUUGUCAAAAACAAUUGAAGAAGUGUGAAUUACUUCUGAGUACUGCAUUGUAUUAUUCUAGACAGAAAUUGGACUCUAUGGUUAAUGCUAUCAAAAAUCCGAUUGACGUGGAUGAUCUAACUAAAUUUGCUCAUCGGAUAAGUUGUAGUUACGGUGUUCUGGCUCCAGAUAACUGGAGUCCUGGUGACCCUAGGCGUCCCUACCCCAACAAAGAAGAGAUACGUCGUGGAUACUUGGGCCACCUAGACGACACUGGAAAAUUUUUGCCGAGUCUUAGAGACGCAGUCGCACUGAUCCACCCUGUCGUCACCUCCACUCCAACUCCUGUUUUGACAACGCCAAUCGGGUCUGAAACAACUCCAGGUCAUAUCGUAAUGAACCCCAUAAAUCAAACCCACAACCCUGCUUCUCGGCCAUGUGGAGUGCAUGAGAACACGCGUAUGUUUCCAUUUUACUCAUUUAGUAAAAAUUGUAUGAAUCAAUUCGACUUGCCCUUUGUAUACGUAGUUAUUCGCAUUUGCUACUUUAAAACAGAUGCAUACUCGCCGAGCAUCGGGUUGCCCGGAGUAAAUAUGGUCUCAUCCCCUGGAAUGCCACCUUCAAAUGGUGGCGGUGGUCAGUGGUCAGAUCAAGCACAGGUACUACAACAGCCGCGCCAUCUCCCUACUCCCUCCUCCGCAACUUCCUCCCUCACGGCAAUUCUUUCCGGGGUUUCGACUGGUGGCGUUAACAACCGCGCUCCGCGUAGUGGCGCCUCGGAAAGUCCAAGCCCACAGACCCCUUCCAGCGGGAACCGUACCCUUCGACAACAGCAGCAGCAACGAUAUGGGUUGCCUGCGGGGUAUCCCAGCGCCCAACAUCAGCAGUCCCACAGGAAACGCCAGUUCACUGAGGAAUCGAGAAUGUACUCGGAUACUUCAUCAGACGACGAUGCUCGAAUAGAUGAUUUCCCCCAUCACGUUUCACACCAACCGCAUCAUCCUGGUUUUUAA